AUGACGGAACGUAGCAGCGCUCGUAGCAUCGCCAGUUCGAGAGGAAGCGACGAGUUGCUGCUGAGUGGCGGAGUCAAAGGACGUAGCACUUCAUCACUCUGUAGCUGCGAUGCUGAUAAGUAUAACGGUCAGCCGUACGACCCCCAUCGAUCGCUCAUCUAUCAGUACAGUCUGGACCGCCGCGCUCCGCGUCACACGUACACCUGCGAGCAGAAUGCGAACAUCAUAAUGCGAUUGGAACGCGACCGCCAGAAUUCGAGUUUGAAGCGCCAGAACACCGGCAAGCAGCGGUCGCAGCACGGCAAAACGAAGCCGCGGCAUUCGACCAGCGGCACGCAUUCGAGAAGUGUCUCUGUCACCGACAUGACAGAUGCGAUGAAUGCGAAUUUGCCGUUAACUUUGGAGAACGCGAACGCGUACACGAUAGGCGACCACCAGGACGCAAUAGUGACGACCAUAGACAGACACCACCAGCAUCACCAUCAAGUGCACUUCCCGCAGAUAGAGCCGCCGGUCAAGUGUAAGAAGCACAGCGCGCACAAUGGUGUCGGAUACGCGACGCACGGGCACGACCACAGUUGCAUCGACACAAAACGGCCGACGACUCCUCAUAGAUUCGGCGAUCAAGGUAAACCGGCUACUGCUUCCAUCAAAAUAACGCCUUGCGGUAAAUCACCCGCUCCACCGCCUUGUGUUGUGGAAGACUCUCGGGGUCCUUCCACGGAUGUUUUUCGAGAAUUGCAAAGAACUGGACACACGCCAAGGUGUCCAAGGCGGUUUCAUGACCAACCACCAGUUACGGGAGAGGGCGCACAUUUCGAGUUAAUGGACCGACGAUGUUAUGGUUCCGAGCCGGAUCUCGCACCAUACGACAUCGCUCGACAUUUGGCUGGAUGUCCGCAGGCUGCUAGGGGAUACACGCACCUAGAAGAGGACGGAGUGUGUUUCAGCGGCGUGCCAGACAUAACGCGAGCGCACCGUGCCCCCGGAAUUCCUUUGGCCAUCAAGACUGACACGCCGUGGCGACACCGCGGUUUCGCACCCACGCCAUCGCACGCCUCCAAUCCUUCGUCGUCAUCGGGGAGCUCUUCACGCUUGGACUUCAGCGGCCGCCACUGGUGGGUGGUGACCGGCAUCCUUCUGAUAGCCGGCGCGGCCGGCGUCGGUGUCCCUCUCGCCCUUCGAGUCGCCGAAGGGCUGCCGCUCGAGGAACGGCUCCAAAUGGCGACUCGACUCCUCACCGAAGUGCCUCUGAUAGACGGACACAACGAUCUCGCUUGGAACCUCAGGAAGUUUCUACAUAACCAGCUCAAGGAUUUCAAAUUUGGCAGUGAUCUUCGAAAUACUACGCCUUGGUCAAAAAGUGUGUGGAGUCAUACGGAUUUAAUGAGAUUAAGACAAGGCAGGGUUGGGGCGCAGUUCUGGGCAGCGUACGUACCAUGCGAGGCUCAGCAUCGGGAUGCAGUGCAAAUAACAUUGGAACAAAUCGACGUUAUUAGACGGCUGACGGAUAUGUUCCAUCCGCCUCUAACGCCCUGCGUCAGUGUCGAGGAUAUAAGGAAAGCGCACGAAGAGCGUCAAACAUGUUCCUUGGUGGGUGUCGAAGGCGGUCACGCGCUCGGCGACUCAUUAGCAGUUCUGCGAGUACUCUAUGCGCUCGGAGUGCGUUAUCUCACCCUGACAUCGACCUGUCAUACGCCGUGGGCUGAUAGCGCGCUCGCUGACGAUCCUGGGGAAAAAUCAGUGCAUGGCGGGCUCACAGCUUUCGGAAAGACCGUGGUUCGUGAAAUGAAUCGCCUGGGCAUGAUAGUUGACCUCUCGCACGUGUCCUCCAGAACGGCAAGGGACGCCAUAGGGGUCUCUAAGGCCCCUGUAAUUUUCUCACAUUCUUCCGCUCACGCACUUUGCAAUUCCUCAAGGAACGUACAGGAUUCAAUGCUGAAAAAAAUUGCGGCCAAUAAUGGAAUUGUCAUGGUCAACUUCUAUUCAAAAUUUUUGACUUGCAAGGAUGAAUCCACCGUCGACGAUGCCGUCGCUCACAUCAACCAUAUACGACAAGUGGCUGGAGUGGACCACGUCGGGCUGGGAGCAGGUUAUGACGGCAUUAACUUUACUCCUGUUGGACUCCAGGAUGUAUCAUCUUAUCCAUUAUUAUUUGCCGAAUUAUUGGGAGCAGGCUGGACGGAUCACGAACUUUCAAAACUUGCUGGAGAAAAUUUUCUACGUGUUAUGAGUCAAGUCGAAAAAGUGCGCGACGAACAACGAAAAUCUGGCGUCAGUCCUUACGAAGAACUGAUUCAGCAAAGAGCAGAAGAGCAAUAUAACUGCUCCAGAUCGUAAGAUUAGGUAACGAUAGAUAAAUUAAUUAUGUUAGAAAAUUUUAUAAUGAAAAUUUUAUAUAUCUAAUGCAUAUAUUAUCUAAUGACCAAGUUUUAUAUGAUAUUUGAUACACAUUAUAUUAUAUAUAGCUUGUAAUUUACCU